AUGGCGGGCAAGAAGGUUCUUCUCCGAGUGUCGCCUAUGAUGGGCAUUAUGUGGUUUAGGAAGAAGGACAAGUUGAGCUCGAGGUUUAUUGGCCUGUUUGAGAUCUUGGAGAGAGUUGGUGAGGUUGCUUAUAGACUUGCAUUUCCUCCUAGCCUAGUAGGGGUACAUCGGGUAUUUCAUGUUUCCAUGCUUCGGAGGUACCAUAAGAAUAGAUCACAUGUUUUAGACUUCAGCAUUCGGAGGUACCAUAAGGAUAGAUCGCAUGUUUUAGACUUCAGUACAGUGCAUCUUGAUGAAAAUUUGACCUAUGAGAAAGAGUCAGUGGCUAUUCUUAACUGGCAGGUUCGUAAGUUGAGAUCUAUGAAUUUUCCUUCUGUGAAAGUGCAUUGGAGAGAUCAUCCAAUUGAGGAGGCUACGUGGGAGUCCGAGUCCGAUAUGCGGAGUAGAUACCCCCACCUUUUUACCAAUCCAGGUCCUGCAAUUGCGAAGACCUAG